AUGUUAUGCGCAAAUAAUACUACAAUAAUUUGUAACAAUGACACAAUUGCUGCUAAUUUUGAAGACAGCACAACUCAAUUCGUUCCGCUGGAAUUUCAAGCAACGACAAAGAACGUUAUUCUAGCGGUCGUUUUGACAAUUCUUGACGUUGUUACAAUUUUCGGCAAUCUUCUUGUUCUUCUUUCCUUUGUAAUCGAGCGACGUCUGCUGCAGCCAUUUAAUCUCUAUAUUUUGAACCUUGCGGUGACGGACUUCUUCGUUGCCAUAACGGCAAUGACGUUUUAUACGUUAGAUACGCUGCUUGGAUACUGGCCGUUCGGACGAAUCAUGUGCGGUGUGUGGAUCUACUUUGACUUUGCGAUGACAUUUGCGUCUGUGUUUACGUUAGUCGCCAUCUCCGUGGACCGAUUCUGGUGUGUAACAUGGGCUAUUCAUUAUAGGACACACAACAACCGUUUUCGAACGGCUAUGGUUCUUGUUUUCAUUUGGUUUUCUGUGAUUGCAAUCUGGACACCACCCUUUAUUGGCGACCGACUGCAACAUAACGAGGACCAUUUCUGUAUUUGGGAGCCGUCGGACAACCUUGAAUUUGUCAUAUUUGUGGCGAUAGUUGGCCACUACAUUCCUUGCCUCAUGAUGGUGUUUUCCUAUGUCAAGGUAUUUUUGGUAAUGCGACGUCAAGCUACUAUUUUUGCCGCAAAUUCACAGGCACGAACGCAAACCGCUGUAUCGACCGUUAAACUAACUGUAAAUUCUGCAGAGCACAGCGAGAGAAUCGGAGAACCCAGUGGCAAUUCCGCAAUCUUAAACGAAGAAGGAAAUCGAGAUCACCUUCGAGUGGAAGAAAUAUCGCAGGGCCCAUAUAGGUCUACGGAGACGACACAAACAGGCAGUCAUGAUCAGUUCCAGGCUACUUCGCAGUUUGGUGGCAGUGCGUAUGGUAAUGAAAGAUUACCUCCGCGAAAAACUGGUCGUCGAAAACGCCAAAAGGAAAGAAGUAACAGUCGUGAGCGAAGAAUAUUCAUAACACUAACAUACGUUUUAAGCAGUUAUUUGAUAUGUUGGUUUCCAUUUUACAUUGCAUUCGAUAUGUACGCAUGGGCACCAGACCUAGUUCCGGCAGAGAUGUACACAUUUUUCUUCUGGGUGACGUACGUCAACUCUACGCUUAAUCCUUUUAUUUACGCCUAUACAAGUAAGGAGUUUCGUGAUGCGUUCAUAAAAGUCUUUAAGACAUUGUAUAAAUGUAAAAUUUAG